AUGACUCCGCCGAGCCCGGACGCGUCCGAGGACCAUUUUGAGAGCGUGGACCGACGGGCCGACGUCGAGUACGACUACAUCGUGGUCGGGUCGGGACCAGGCGGCGGUCCGCUGGCAGCGAACCUGGCCAUGGGCGGCUACAAGGUGCUGCUGAUUGACGCGGGUGGCGAUUCGGGCACCGACUUGACGGAGAGCUUGCCGGCCCUACACCUCUUCUCGACCGAGCUGGAGGAGACGCGGUGGAAUUUUUACGUGGAGCAUUACGAGGACGUGGAGCGGCAGAAGAAGGACUCCAAGAUGACAUACCGCCAGGCCGACGGCAGCCUGUAUGUAGGCCUAUCGCCGCCUGUCGAUGCGGAACCGCUGGGAAUCCUGUAUCCGCGCACCGGCACUUUGGGCGGCUGCUCGCGCCAUAAUGCGCUCAUCACGAUCGGGGCGCAGGACCGCGACUGGGACCGGAUUGCCAACCUGACGGGGGACGACUCGUGGACUGCGGCCAACAUGCAGCAGUACAUGGAGCGAAUUGAGCGCAACGAAUACGCACCCAGCUCGCUUGUUGGUCACGGCUUCAGUGGCUGGCUCACGACGGCACUGACGUCGCUCUCACUUGUGGUCGAGGACCAGAAGCUGCUCUCGCUGAUCAUCGCGUCGGCCACGGCCAUGGGCCAGGGUCUUGUCGGGCUGGUGUUGUCGACGGUCGAGGGGCUCGGCCAGGUUCUGCUGCGUGACAUCAAUGCGCCCGGCCAGGCCAGCCAGACAGGCCUGUACCAGGUGCCGCUGGCCAUGUCGGACAAUGUACGAGGUGGCCCACGCGACCUGAUCCUCGACACGGCCUCGGCUGUGUUUGCCAACGGCUCGCGCAAGUACCACCUGGACAUCCGGCUCAACACGCUCGUCACCAAGAUUCGCUUCGACCAGAACGGCACGAAGCCGCGUGCAGUUGGCGUCGACUAUCUCGAGGGUGCUAGUCUGUACCGGGCAGACCCGCGGGCGACCAACGCGACCGUCACCGGGUCCGGCAGCGUCGAUGCGCGGCGCGAGGUCAUCGUGGCUGGAGGCGCCUUCAACACACCGCAGCUGCUCAAGCUCAGCGGCAUCGGGCCGGCAACUGAGCUGGCGCAGUUCAACAUCACCACACUGGUCGACUUGCCUGGUGUCGGUGGCAACAUGCAGGACCGUUACGAGGCCACGGUUGUGGGCAAGAACACGGUCGGUGACUUUGUCAUCACGAGCAAGUGCACCUUUCUGCAGACGCUUCCAGAUCCUUGUCUCGAGCAGUACGACGCCGGAAUUGACCCGAUCACGCGUGGCGUCUAUGGAACCAACGGCAUCGCUAUUGCCAUUGUGCUCAAAUCGUCGGUGGCCGAAGAUGAUGAGCCUGAUCUGCUCGUUUCUGGUGCGCCCGCCCGCUUCACUGGCUACUUCCCUGGCUAUGCGGCCGAGUCACUUGCCGAUGCUCAGCACUGGGCCUGGAUCGUGCUCAAGUCUCACAGCCGCAAUAAUGCCGGCACGGUGACGCUGCGUUCGGCCGACCCGCGUGACACGCCGCUGAUUCGGUUCCGCUCGUUUGACACAGGCGUCAACACCAGCGGCGAGGCUGCCAAAGACCUCCAGGCCGUCUAUGAAGGCUUCCAGUUCGGCCGUCGCGUCUUCCAGGACCUCAUUCCGCUCGAUGGCAGCUUUGCCGAGGUCUGGCCCGGCUCCAACGUCAGCGCCGAGGCCGACGUUAAGGACUUUCUCCAGGAUGAGGCCUGGGGCCACCACGCAUCUUGUACCUGUGCCAUCGGUCCCGACGACGACAAGAAUGCCGUGCUGACGUCUGACUUCAAGGUGCGCGGCACCGACGGGCUGCGUGUUGUCGACGCCAGCAUCUUCCCGUACAUCCCUGGCUUCUAUAUUGCCCUGCCGUUGUACAUGGUGUCGCAGAAGGCGAGCGAGGUGAUCUUGAAGGAGGCUGCUUCGACGGUUGUAUAA